CGAAUACUGACCUAUAUUAUCACCUUAUUCGUCGAGUAGAGAUCAGUGUAAAGACGCCAAAAAUCAGUUGAUGAAUAUGAGCUCUGAUCCUCGGGUAAAUGUCGAAUGUGGAAUCUUAGAGGGGUAUGUCUGUGAAAAUGAGACUGACCCCGGAAAGAGUUAUUUUUCUUUUCAAGGAAUUCCCUACGCUAAACCACCCUUAGGUGAACUACGUUUUAAGGCACCGCAACCAGUAGAACCAUGGACGGGGGUGAAAGAAGUGAAAAAGGAUGGAAAUCCUUGUUAUUCAGUAAAUCCAUUCAAAGAAGGAGAAACGUUGGGCUCUGAGGAUUGUCUUUAUUUGAACGUUUACACACCAACGCUGCCAACAAUGCACAACGAUGGAUUGCACUAUGACCUGAAACCUGUGAUGGUUUUCAUUCAUGGGGGAGCUUUCACCUUAGGGUCAAACACGAAACAACUGUAUGGACCUGAUUACCUGAUCCGUGAAGAUGUGGUUAUUGUUGCCAUCAACUACAGAUUGGGAUUUCUAGGGUUUUUCCACUUGAAGGACAAAAAGUUGGGAGUAACAGGAAACGCUGGUUUCAAAGACAUGGUCUUGGCACUGCGGUGGGUGAAAAAUAACAUAAGAAAUUUCAAUGGAGACCCAGAAAAUAUCACCAUAUUUGGCGAGAGUGCCGGUUCAGUAUCAGUUCAUCUCCUAGUUCUAUCACCGAUGGCCAAAGGUCUUUUCCACAAAGCUAUAGCCCAAAGUGGAAAUGCAUUAAAAACUUGGGCUGAGUGUGACGACGUGGCAUCAAAAAUUGCUGAGGCUCUCAAUUUGGACAGCAACGAUGAUGAAAAGCUUCUGAAGAAAUUAAGGGAAAUGAAAGUUGAAGACCUUCACUCCCUUCAAGAAUCCUUUCCUGACCCUUGGGAUGUGAGUGUGCAACGUUUGGUGGGUUACGUAGUGGAAGAUCUAGAUCAAGAGGAAGAGGCUUUUCUAACUCAACAUCCAAUAAAGAUUCUAGAGAGUGGUGACUACAACCAAGUGCCUCUUAUCAUGGGUUACACUUCUAGCGAAGGCAUGUUUAUGCACUGGAAAGGAAAAAAGUCCUUCAAAGAGCUAACACCUGACAUCGAACAUAUCAUACCCAGAUAUUUCAAUCUCAAAAAAGGGACGCCUGCGUCGAAGAGAGUCAGUCAAAAAAUAAUGAAUUAUUACUUUGGUACCAAGGAUCCGGAUGAAGCCGGUAUUGAAGCUGCUUAUGAGUUAUGGUCGGAUAACUUGUUUAUCAGAGAUAUUUAUAGAUCUUUGAAAAUGCACGCUGAAACCAGUGACAAACCCAUAUAUGCUUAUGAAGUGACAGUAGAGACAUCACUUAAUCUAUGCAAGAAAAUGUUUGGGAUAACAGUGCCAGGUGUCGCACAUGGUGACGACUUGGGCUACUUAUUCAAAUCUUCAAUGACCGGUAAACUAGAGCCUAACAGUCCGGAAGAUGUAGGUGUAAGAAGAUUCUGCAAGAUGUGGACCAACAUCGCAAAAUAUGGCAACCCAAAUUCACCUACAACAGAUCCUCUCCUCCAAACCUCUUGGAAAGCGUUCACAAAGGACGAAAAAAAUUAUCUUGAAAUAGGUCAGGAACUCACUGCUAAAAAGAGUGAGACGUUGUCAGUUGGUGGAAAUAGCGCACACCUCGCGACAACUAUGAGUUCUGAUGCUCGUGUGAAAGUAGAAAGUGGAGUUUUGGAAGGUUAUGCCUGUGAAAAUGAGGCCGACCCAGGAAAAAAAUAUUUCUGUUUUCAAGGGAUUCCGUAUGCCAAGCCACCUGUGGGAGAACUACGUUUCAAGGCGCCACAACCAAUAGAACCAUGGGUAGGAAUCAGAGAGGCAAAGGAAGAUGCAGACCAUUGCUACGCAAGAAAUAUGCUGAACUCGAAGGAAAAAUCAGGUUCUGAAGAUUGCCUCUAUUUGAACGUGUACACACCAAAGCUCCCAGUAAAAACUAACAAUAAUAUCAGUUAUGAUUUGAAACCAGUCAUGGUGUUCAUCCACGGAGGUGCUUUCACCUCCGGCUCAAACUCCAAGAUGAUUUAUGGUCCAGAUUAUCUCAUCCGCGAAGAUGUUGUUCUUAUUUCCAUCAACUACAGAUUAGGAUUUUUAGGGUUCUAUCAUUUUAAGGACAAAAGCUUAGGCGUACCAGGAAACGCUGGUUUGAAAGACAUGGUCAUGGCGUUGAAAUGGGUGAAAAGAAACGUCAGAAAUUUCAAUGGAGAUCCAGAUAACAUAACUAUAUUUGGAGAAAGCGCUGGUGGGGCAUCAGUUCAUCUACUAGUAUUGUCGCCAAUGGCCAAAGGUCUUUUCCACAAAGCAAUUGCACAAAGUGGAUGUGCCUUAAAUCUUUGGGCAGAAGGGGAUAACAUCACACCAAUAGUCGCCAAAUCUCUCAAUAUGGAAGGAGCCGAUGAAAGGACAGUACUGCGAAAGUUGAGGUCGAUGAAAGUCGAAGAUUUGUUUGCAAUACAAGAGUCAUUUCCAGAUCCCUGGGACGUGAGUGUAAAACGAUUCAUCGGUUAUGUAGUAGAGGAUCCUAAUCAAGAAGAAGAACCUUUCCUCUCAGAACACCCCAUGAAGAUUUUAGAGAGGGGUGUUUACAACCAUGUGCCUUUGAUGAUGGGAUAUAACUCAAGAGAAGGAAUGCUUGUUCACGGUAGCGGGAAAAAACCGUUCAAGCAAAUAAUUCCAGAUAUCGAAAAAACAGUGCCUAACUACCUCGGGAUUCCAAAAGGAUCAUCCUCAUCGAAAAUAGUAGCUAAUAAAAUCAUGGAACAUUACUUCGGAGAUCAAGAUCCAGACGAAGCUGAUGUAGAUCUUUCUUAUAAGUUAUGGUCGGACAAUUUUUUUAUCAGAGAUAUUUAUAGAUCAGUCUCAGGACAUUGUAGGAACAGUUCGAAGCCAGUGUAUCUGUAUGAAAUGACAAUUGAAACAUCAUUGAAUAUGUUCAAGUUUUUGGCAUCAAUAGAAACUCCAGGUGUUUGCCAUGCGGACGACAUAUUCUACCUCUUCAAAACACCACUAAAUUCCGAUAUUGAACCGGGCAGUCCAGAGGAUGAAGCGGUAAGAAGGUUCUGUAAAUUGUGGACCAACUUUGCCAAACGUGGAGAUCCAAAUCCACCAGUCAGAGAUCAUCUGUUACCAGUCGUUUGGAAGGCUUUCAGGAACGAAUCAAAGAAUUAUCUGGAGAUUGGCGAAGAAUUAGUGGCUAGGGUAGAACCUUUGAAAGAAAGGAUGCAAUUUUGGGAAGAUCUACAUAUUCAUAGAAAAGCUGCCAGUUCGAAACUAUGAAUACAUGUGUUGUAAAAAAGAAAAUUAAAAAAUUAUACCAA